UGAGAAUUUACUAGCUUUCUAGAAUUCAACCUGUCCAGAUCGGCCAGAAAAGAAGAAGACAAGUUGGUUAUUUGCUUAUUGGGGUCAUUUCUAUAAAUUCAAGUAGAGAUUUUGGGAUUCAUCCGAGUAGAGCAGUGGAAGGAAGAAGGUAAAUAGUAGGAAGAAAAAAAAAUCAUGGAAGAGUUGGAUGAAGUUCCUCAACUUAUCCAUGGAGUUCUGGAAGUAACGAUCUUUGAAGCAAAUCAUCUCCAUCACUUACUUCAUGGCACAAUCAUAAAGGUUGAAGAAAGCAUAGAAAAGGCCUUACACUUGCAUGCAGUCGCUCAUCGAAAGCUGUAUGCCACUGUAGAUAUUGGCAUUGCAAGGCUAGCAAGAACCAGGGAAGUAGAGUUCCAUUCAACUAACCCUAAGUGGAAUGAGUCAUUUAGGAUCUAUUGUGCCCACACGUCAUCUUCCAUCCACAUCUCAAUCAAGAACCAACUCUUGGUUAGUGGCAAGGUCGUUGGCCGUGCUAAGAUCCCUAUCCAUGGCAUACUCGAAUCGAAGCUUGUUGAAGGCUGGUUUAACCUUUACGACGAUGAUGGCCACAGAGUCAAGGAAGCACAAGUUCGAGUUUCUCUCAAGUUUUUUGAAGCCUCUUCUGACCGUUUCUGGAAUUCUGGAAUUAGACUCCCUGAAUUCACAGGAAUACCAAAUUCUUAUUUCCCAGAAAGAACUGGAUGUGAAGUCACACUAUAUCAGAACGCACAUCUUUCAAACAAUUUUCAGCCAAAGAUUCACCUUUAUGGGCACAAACUUUACAAUCCAAGAAGAGUGUGGGAAGAUCUUUACAUUGCAAUUUCAGAGGCCAAACAUUUCAUUUAUGUUGCAGGUUGGUCUGUGAAUGUGAACAUAACACUCAUCCGUGAUCCUGAAAGAAUGAUUCCUGGAGCAGCUGGUGUGUCUAUUGGAGAAUUGUUAAAGAAAAAAGCAGAUGAUGGCGUGUUGGUUUUGGUGAUGGUGUGGCAAGACCGGACUUCUGUUUCGUUGCUGGGAAAUGCCGGGCUAAUGAAGACUCAUGAUGAAGAGACCCUCAAUUUCUUUGAGGGAAGUAAUGUUAAGUGUUUUCUUUGUCCAAGAAAUGCCGAUCCUUCGCUCACAGCAGUUCAACAUGUUGAGGUCAAUGCUGAGUUCACUCAUCACCAAAAGACGGUAUCACUAGAUGUCGCUGAGGUCGGAAGCAACAGGGCUCGUCGUGUCGUGAGCUUUAUUGGAGGGAUUGAUCUUUCUGAUGGGAGAUAUGAUGAUGAGAAACACACACUAUUUGGUAAAUUGGAUACUGCAUAUGCGAAUGAUUUCUUGCAGAAUAAUUUCCCGGGUGCAAGCCUUCGGCUUGGCGGCCCAAGGGAGCCAUGGCAUGAUCUUCAUUCCAAGCUCGAGGGACCUGCAGCCUUGGAUGUGCUCACAAACUUUGAGCAGAGGUGGAAGAAACUAUCACCCGAGGAGUUAUCAAAUUGCUUGUUGAAUAUUCAGGAUAAGCCUGAUGUCUUCCCCCUACCUUCAAAUUUAACAACUGGUGAGUCUUGGAAUGUCCAGGUGUUUCGAUCCAUUGAUGAUUCAUCUGUAAUUGGUUUUCCCUCGAAUCCUGUUGAGGCUUCAAAAAUGGGGCUGACAAAUGGAAAAAACAUCACAAUUGAUCAAAGCAUACAUUCUGGGUACAUCGAGGCUAUCAGAAGAGCAAAGAGAUUCAUCUACAUUGAGAACCAGUACUUCAUGGGGAGCUCUUCAUCAUGGAAGCAGGAUCAAGAUACUGGGUGUUUGAAUUUAGUCCCAAUUGAGAUUGCUCUGAAGAUUGCAAGCAAGAUAAAAAUCGGCGAGAGGUUUACGGCUUAUAUCAUUACACCGAUGUGGCCCGAGGGAAUCCCUGAAGGGGGUGUGGUACAGGCAAUACUUCACUGGUAUAGAUUGACCAUGGAGAUGAUGUAUGGAAUUAUAGCAAAAGCAAUAGAGGAGGCAGGCUUGGCUGGGAAGACUCACCCAACUGACUAUUUGAACUUCUUCUGUUUGGGGAAUAGGGAGAUAAAGCGACCCGGGGAAUAUGUGCCUCCUGAUAAACCAGAGCCUGAGACAAACUACUGGAAAGCUCAGGUUAACCGGCGUUUUCUCAUUUAUGUGCAUGCCAAGCUCAUGAUUGUGGAUGAUGAGUAUGUGAUCAUUGGCUCAGCGAACUUAAACCAGCGAUCUUUGGCCGGCGACCGAGACACUGAGAUUGCUCAUGGUUCCUACCAGCCAGCAUACCUUAAUGCGGAGCACGGGCAAGCUCGCGGUCUCGUUCAUGGCUACCGAAUGUCACUAUGGUAUGAGCACUUCAUGAGCCAUCAUCCUGGUUUGCAUCGAGUUUUCCUGGAACCUGAGAGCUUGGAAUGUGUAAGAGCCGUGAGAAGCAUCACUGAGAAUUUGUGGGAGAAAUACAUUGGAGAUGAGGUUGUGAACUUGCCUGGUCAUCUAUUGCCAUUUCCUGUCAGGGUUUCUGCUGAAGGAGAGUUGUCAGAGCUCACAGCUGAUGGUUGUUUUCCAGACACUAAGGCAUCUAUCAAAGGUGAUGGUUCUUUGAAAUCUUUGGCCAUUCCUCCUAUGGUGACUAACUAAGCUUGAGUUUGUUUUUCAUCAAAUAAGGUACCUGUAUGUGUGCCCCGGUGCUUCUUUGCUAUUAUUAAGGAUUGAAUGCUUGAAAGAAGUAUCAUAAAAUUGUGCUUUUCAAGCUAAUAAAGCAUCUUGAUGUAGUUGCUGUAAGAAAAAGUUGAAAUCAAGAAGCUAACUGAUCUCAAUUCCUGGCCCUCAAGUUGGAUAGAAUUUUUUCUCUUGUGGCAUUUUA